AUGGCGAGCCACCAGCCAGUUGCAGUUGACUCGGGCAGCGCCAAGGCAGCCUCAGACAAUCAACAAUGGUCUGAUGCCGCAGACACUAAGAAGCAGCCACCGGAGAGCUGGUGGAGCUGGUUGCUGCAGAUGGCGUGCCUGAACAUGGUCAUGGUCAUGUGGAACACUGACAACAUGGCCCUGCCAGCAGUGUACACAGAGAUUGCCAAGCACUUCAACCUCUCACCAUCUGAUCUCAGCAACCUGGGUCUCGUGCGGGGCAUCUUUGAAUCCGUCUUCGCCCUGCCCGCGGGGUUCCUUGCCGACCGCCUCCCACGGCCGCAGCUCAUCCUCGCUGGUAGCACGAUUUGGGCCGUGGGCCUCAUCGGCUGUGCCUUCUCACCGGAUUUGCUUUGUAUGACCAUCUUCCGGGCUGUGAAUGGCAUUGGCCUUGGAAUUGUCCAGCCUCUGCUCUUCAGCCUCGUCGCAGACAAGAGCGGCAUUUACGGACGGGGGAAGGCCUUUGGGUGCUUGAUCUUCACGGGCCAGCUGGGCCAGACUGCCUUCACCGCCUUUGCCACCACUGUGGCCAGCACACAGGUGGGCAGCAUCGCGGGCUGGCAAUUUGCGCUGCUUGUGAUUGCGAUCGUAAGCGCCUUUGUGGGUGUUGCAGUUGGCAUCUUUGUCGAGGAGACCAAGGAGAGAGACCAACGCACAAUGCUGGCGAUCAUCGUCCAAGAGACUCCAAAGCUCAGCAAGAUCUUUUGCCUCCCCACCUUCCUGGUGAUCAUCGGGCAGGGAGUCUUCGGCACUGCACCCUGGUUUGCGUUCAGCUACCUGACCAUGUGGCUAGAGCUGAACUGCUUUUCCAACCAGCAGGCUGCCACCAUCUAUGCCUUCUUCAAUAUUGGCACUGCCUUUUCCAGCAUCAUCGGGGGCUUUUUGCUGGACAUGGUCUUCAGGCGCUGCCCGGAUCAUGGGCCUCCGACGAUCUGCCAGUUCUCGGUGGGCGCGUCCAUUCCACUCUUCGCGUUCAUUCUGUUCGGGCUUGGUGAUAUGGAUAUCCACACCCCCGGGCUGUUUGGCUCCUACUGUGCGGCCUUCCUUGUCACCGGCAUCCUCAUCGCCUGGAACAUGGUGAUGAACAACAAGAUGUUCAGCGAUGUCGUCCCGAGAGAGAGCUACAGCUAUAUCUACGCGCUGGACCGGUGCAUUGAAGGCACCUUCGGUGCCUUCGGCCAGCCAGCAGUGGGGUGGCUCACGGACAAGAUCUUCGGCUUCGACUCGGAGAGCGCCAACCAGAAGGAGUGCUCGCCCCAGGACGCCCACAGCCUGGCCUCAGGUGUGUUUUGGGUCUCCCUGGUGUCAUUCGCCGUGUGCUUCUUGUUCUACUGCCUGGCGCACUGCACCUAUCCCAAGGAUCGUCGUGCAGUCGCCCUGGCUCAAGAGAAGCUGGAGAUGCAGGGUGUUAUGUAG